AAGAUGAUCGUCGUCGACGAGCGAGAGCCGGUCGGAGAGCUCCCUCCGCCUUUCCCUCCUCGGAACGUGGAGGUCAAGGAAGACGUGGACAUGAGGAAGUACUAUGACCUCAAGAAGGAAAUCGGGAGGGGGAGAUUCGGCACCGUGUACCUCGUGACGGACAAAACCACCGGGCAGAAAUUCGCCGCCAAGUUCGUCAACACGAAGCGAAACCAAGAUCGAGCCAACGUCGAGCGGGAAGUCGAGAUAAUGAAGCUUCUGAACGCCGAGCGACCGCACCCUCGACUCAUCCAGCUCUACGAUGCCUUUGACAUGGAUAAAGAGAUGUGUUUGGUGCUCGAGGUUGUGGAUGGCGGCGAACUGUUCGAACGUGUGAUCGACGACGACUUCGUCUUAACUGAGAAAGCUUGUGCUAUAUUCAUGCGUCAGGUUUGCGAGGCAGUAGAGUUCAUUCACUCGAAAAAUAUUCUACAUCUCGACAUGAAGCCCGAGAACAUCCUGUGUCUGUCUCGCGAGGGCAACCGGAUCAAGAUCUGCGACUUCGGAUUGGCGCGAAAAUACGACCCGCGCAAGAAGCUUCAAGUUCUGUUCGGGACGCCUGAGUUUGUGGCUCCGGAAGUCGUCAACUUUGAGCCCAUCAGCUUCGGGACUGAUAUGUGGAGCGUCGGGGUCAUUUCUUAUGUGCUACUAUCCGGCCUGUCACCGUUCAUGGGCCACAACUACGUGGAGACGAUGACCAACGUGACCCACAACAAAUACGACUUUUCGGACGAGGCCUUCAACUGCGUUUCGGACGACGCCAAGGACUUCAUCGAGAAGCUUCUGGUGUUAGAUAAAAGCUUGCGGCUGACACCAGCACAGUGCCAGCGUCACCCUUGGCUGAAGACUCCGCCCAACACCACCCUUAAGAGGAGCAUCCAGUACGCGUCGGAGGAGGAGUCCGAGGAGGAGACGGAGACGGAGACAGAUUCGGAGGACGAGGACUUGACGGAGGUGGUGAGCAUCGAGGAGAAGCUGGUCAAGGAGGACCAAGAGAACGAGAAGUGUCGUAGGAAGAAGCAGGAGGAGGAGGAGGAGCUGCUGAUCCAGGCGAAGAAGGAGAAGAGGAGGAGAGAGAGAGGAAAGAGAAGGGAAAGAGAAGAAGAGGACAGAAUAAAAAGAGAGGAGGAGGAGCAGGAGAGAAAGAAGAAGAAGAAGGAAGAAGAAGCCAAGAAGCAGGCAAAGAGGAAGGAGGAGGAGGAGCUGGAACGGACGAAAAAGAACUUGAAGGAGUUCGUCGAGAGGUGGAACUCGCACCCGAACUCGCCCUACCUCAUCGGGACGCCCUUGACCCAGCUGCCUCCGGAGCUCCAGCGGAUCGCCCGGGAGGAAGGGUGGAGUUCGAGAGCCUCCUUCUCGUCCGUCAUCGUCGCCCCCCCUUCGCCCCCUCCAGGAGAGCUCUCGGACGACGAGGACGACGACGACGACCUCGACCUUAGCAACAAGGACGAGUUCUCACACUACACAUUCGAGCAGAGGCAGCCAUCGCCAAGACGACUGGCGAGUCAGUUGGAAGUGAAACUCUCGCAGCUGAAGGAGGACAACGACGGAAGAAAAGAUAAAGAUCAGGACAAAGCAGGAGUGGAUAACGAAAAGAUUAAUAAGAAAGCCAGCGAUACCCUACCAUCAGAUAAACACAAGAAGGAUGAUAACGAUAAGCUAUCCGUUUCCAAACCGGAAAAGAACGAAAAACUCGAAAAGGAAAGGUCCAAAACCCCAGAAAUUACGAAGAAAGAAAACGAGAAAAACAAGAAAACGGAGGAGACGCACGAAACUGCCGUGAAAUCAAAGGACAACGAGAAACCAACAGGCGGAUUGCAGAAAUGUAGCAGCACCGUGUUCCUGGACGACCCGAAGAAGGCCUACCAGGAGUACCAGAAGAUGGUUAACGAGGCGAUCAAGAAAAAGCAGGAGGAGAAGAAAGCCCUUGAGGAGAGAAUCAAGGCGAGGCAAGAGGAGCUGGAGAGAGAGGCUUCCAAAGAUUACGACUGGAGAAAGAACAAAGAAAAGAAGGAGACAACGGAGACCAGGAAGACCUCCGUCACAAACUACCUGAAAGCGAAAGAGGCCACGAACGUUGCCGACGAAAAACGUUCUCGUGGAUCGAAAUCGCCUGUGUCAGUCUACUCGAGCACGAAAGCGACAGACGAACAGCUGGACGAUAACAAACAAGCCUACGAGGACUACAAGAGAAGGGUUAGUAGGUCGGAGAAAGAUGCCAAGAAGACCGAAGACGCAGGGAAAGCGAAGCCGAGAGAGCCUCUCAGACGGCCGGAAAUCAUCGCACUUCAGAAUGAGGAGCUGGGAGGAAGCACGGCCAGACAGAGGAAGAAGUCCCUCUCCCGUCUGGACACUGGGGACUCCCUGUCGGAUCGAAGUUCUCGUGGAUCGACGCCCAAGUCACCGGGACUGGACGGCGCUACGUCCCCCAAAUAUGACUUCGAUCUGGAAGCUGGUCAGUCCAGGAGCUCAACGCCCACAAAACUCAAGAAGCAGCCUUCGAGGGACGUCCCCCUCCAGGCAAAGAAUACCGAUCAGGAGGAGCGUCCGGGAACACCUGUGAGGCAGAAACCGUCACGCGAUGUGCCGAUGCCAUACAUCACAGUGGAAGGAGAGGACAGAUACUCCAGACCGAGAAGGGGAUCCCGGGACUUGACGCCAGACAGUCCUCUUCCACAUCGCAAAAUUUCCACAGAAGAACGACCGCCUUCCAGGGAGUCGCGUCCCGGAACACCACUAUCACACCGAAGACCUUCUCGGGAUGUCAACAUCAGCAGUGGUCAGCUGGAUCGCCUUGUUCAAGCAAGUGGGUUGGACAGUCCGGAGUUAACACCAGACCAACCACAAAUGUGGCCUGACCUGAUUGUCUGUCCACAAGGUCAAGAUGAUGAAGAGUGUCAGGACUACAAGGAUUCUUUGGAUGUCCCCAUCGCAACCUUGAUGAAAAGUCCAAGUGGGACUCUACGUCAGGUUCCAGAAGUAACCAUCCUCCAGACAGACAAAAGCAACGCCUCAGAAAGUAAGACUCUCGACUCAGAGGGGAAUUCUAACGACCCAACGUACGUUCCAAGCAACAAGCUUGUGGCCUGGAUCCUUGAUAUUGGCAAUGUUCAGAAUCAGCGCCAGGCUCCCUUCUCCACCUCUGACCGCGUGUCUCAGUGGGAGGGAAAAGAACCCUCGCCCAAACCAGGGGAGAGAUCCCCAAGAGAGAAGUCGCCAAGACUCUCAACCAGAUCGCCUGUUCCAAGUGAUAAACACAGAGACAAAUCUCCUGCACAGCCUAGAACACCCUUCUUGUGCCCGCUGUCACGAGAGCCUUCUUCCGUAAGUCUAAAGAGCUCAGGGUCUUUAGAGAAUGCUUGCAUCCAGACGCCCUGGGGAGAGCUCAAGCGGUCGCCCUCGCGAAGCACACUCUCAAAAUCACCGUCCUUUGAGGUUCCUUCCAGCAAGGCAAAGGAUAGCACUGAUCCUGGAAAUGGAGGCUCUGAUGACCACAUGUCUGUAGGAAGUUCAACGAGAUCCCCAUCACCACGUUCAUAUUCGAAGUUCCAUAAACAAGACUCAAUGGAAAUUCAAGAGAGGAAAGACUCCCUUACUUCCCCAAGGUUAACGGGUGAACUACCUCCAAAACCUCCAGAAAAGAUGCAGAGGAGCUCAAAAGAGGAAAACCUGAACAUCAGAAGCCAAGCCAAGAAGGACGACUGGAAGAGCGCCACUCUGCCAAGACAGGCAAAGCUCGCCAAGCAGGGAUCCACAGACAACCUGAAGAAUUAUACAACGGAAAAGAGGUCAUCUCUCUUGUCUGUAGAGGAAGGGAACACGGACAGCCUGAAAAGAAAGAGCAAGUUUCCUCCUUCUCCCAACCAGAAGCGGAAGUUGGGCAGCUGCCUCCUUUUCUCGGCCCAGGAUCGAAUAUCACAGUUCGAAAAGAAACAGCCAUCAACCAGGCCUCCCCAGCGGCCAAUCACUCGCACGCGCAGUAGCAUGGUAUUCACCACAACCGCUCAGGAGAAUGGGUUGGAAAACCGAUUGUCCUGUGAUGUGAACAAGAAUGCCCUCACCUCAUCCCUAAACUCGUCUUACACCCCCAGUAAGUCAAGUAAUAACACUCACGUAGAGUUUCUCAGGGGUAGACUUUUAGGUAAGACUACCAAGACUACAGGACUACCGCCGGGGUUAAUUCAAAAUGUAGAUUCGGUUAAUAACAACAACAAGCGUUUUAGCAUGGGCUAUGCCAGACGUGACAGUAUAGGGUAUGGCAAUUAUUAGACAGGCCAGACGAGAAUGGAAAAGAAUGUCACUCGAAACAAGCAGCAUAAUGAAUGCAUUAUGUGACGUCAGUUCUAUGACGCGCUAGUGUAAGAUGAAGUCCGCACAUGAGGUGACGUUAAAGGGCUCUGCAAUCACCCUGUGGGUGAGCAGAAUGCGUAUAUCCCAAGUGUUUUCAUGUUAACUUUAAGCAAAUUAAUUUUGUGAUAUGAUUCGAAAAUUCAGCAGUAAAGACACCGGUGAAUCCAAUCAGUAAGAAUGAAAAAAGUACUCGAAGUACAGAUGCUCAGGUUGAAACAAAGGAGAAUUCGGUAUUCCUCUCACUCCUGCUAUUUCGCGAGACUGCCUCCUGUAGCUCUUCUCAUUUAUCGACUAUUCGUUAGUUAUCUUGCUUGUUCAAGUAGUUAUGGAUAGCCUAGGAGCUUGUGUAGUUCAUUUGCUAUUUCUCCUGCCAACUUCUUAAUUCUCGAGGCUACCAUCUGUAGUGAACGGCUUUUAUAAGUACCGGGUAAAGUCUUAUAGAAAAUUGAGUCUAGUAGCUUAUAAACUAGUAACAGUAGACUUUGUUGUGCAAUGCAGUAUUCUGUAGGCAGUAACUGUAAGUGGUUGUAAUUUGUAAGGUAAAAGAAUUAUAAAUAUUUUUCUCCCUCGGCAUGGUCCGGUUAAACUUAACUGUUGCGGUGUAAUGUUCUAGCAUUUGUACUGCCGCUUGGUAGUCUAAAUGUACCGUGUUAGAUGCUUUUAUUUAUAUAUAACUUGGUUUUGAUAGAGCUGGACUCUUAUAGAUAUUAGUUUCUCAUUUUUUAUCUUCAUUUUUUCUGCGGUAUCGCUCCAAGCUAGGAACGUUUUUUCUAGAUGUUUUCAGGUAUAUUCAAUGAAAUAUACUUGUAGGUAAAGGUAUUUUUUUCACAUAGUAAGUCUCAGUAAGUUGUUACAUAAGUAUAUAACGUUGCCCUGAAGAACUUCUAUACUAAAGUUCCCUCAACUUUGUCUCUUAUUUUUCUCCACUUUAUAUUUUUCCUCUUCUGUAAGGUAGAUGCUUUUGUUGAUGCCUCUUCCCUCAUGUAUUUUUCUCUCUAUUGGUUAGUUCUUGCACAUGCCACUUUCGCCACUUGGAGGUACUUCCCUCUUUACUAUGCUGUCGAAGUCUUUGGUAUGCAUAUGGGUUAAAGAAUGCUGAUAUUUUCUUGUUUUAAAGUGUACCUUUAAAAAUCCUAUGUAUGUCCAUAGCAUAUCCAGAUUUCUUCAUCAUGCAUCCACAAGCAUGUAUUCAUGCAUGACCUUAUUUCUGUCUCCCUUUCCCCCCUUUCUCCCUGAUCACAGCUCGUCGCCCUCCUCCUGUUGGUCCACAGCGUUCCCCGACCUUCACCUACUAGUUCUCCAACCCUGCUGCUGCCCGUUUUAAGGUUGCUGCUCCUGGCGGUCACCAUGGCACCCUCACCAGUGCCUCAUAAACCUCGCUAAAGACGGACGUUGUGUCUCGAGAGGUUGUACGGCUUGUGAUAUGAGAGGAAAUAUUCAUAGUGUGGAAGCUUCGUCAUUUGCGCCACCUACGGCCACUGGUCGCCGUGGGACACUGACUUGUCAAGCGGUAAAGUUGAGCGUCACAAUUACAUGAACACUAGUUACAUCACCACUACCACCACCACAGUAAACAGCCACACUAGUCACGUAGUGGUUAGUCAGCACACAGCCAAA